AACCAAAUAGCAGAAGCGGAUAACGGCAGAGUUUUCUCCUUCUCUCCCUUUCCUCUCUAUCACUCUCUGUCCCGCUCUCACUCUCACCACUCUCUUCGUCUGAGAAGCAAAACCUUCACUCGCUCCACAAUCCAAAACCCUAACAGCGGAAUAGUAAUAAUAAUAGUAAUAACAAGACGAUGCUGGCAUGUCCUAGUAGUUCCCUCCAUGGCCUCGCCACGCUGCAACGCCAUUCCCAACCAUCUCACUUUCUCCUCUCCAAUUCUCUCUUCUUCCCUCCCUCCCCUCGCCUCGCCGCUUCCCGCAAAUGCAACUUCCGCUCGCUUCUUUCUGGCAGGAGUAGCCGUCGCUCCGCGGUCAGAGCAUCCGCGGACUCGCCGGAGGUGUCGGAGUCCGUCGUCAGCGACAGUGGCGUACUGCAGCCGUAUUCCGUGAAGAUUCCCGUUGGUGAUAGACAUAUUUUGGUUGAGACUGGUCAUAUAGGAAGACAGGCAAGUGGCUCUGUUACAGUUACAGAUGGAGAGACAAUCGUGUACACAACUGUUUGCUUGGAUGAUGUUCCUAGUGAACCAUCUGACUUUUUUCCCCUUUCUGUUCAUUAUCAAGAACGAUUUUCAGCAGCUGGUCGUACUAGUGGAGGGUUUUUUAAGCGAGAAGGAAAGACAAGAGACCAUGAGGUUCUUAUUUGUAGAUUAAUUGACAGGCCUCUACGUCCUACCAUGCCAAAGGGAUUCUAUCAUGAAACUCAAAUAUUAUCUUGGGUUUUGAGCUAUGACGGACUGCACUCCCCUGAUUCUUUGGCUGUCACUGCAGCUGGUAUAGCAGUUGCACUUUCAGAAGUGCCAAUGUCGAAAGCAAUUGCUGGGGUUCGUGUUGGUCUUGUUGGUGAUAAGUAUAUAGUAAAUCCUACAACCAAGGAGAUGGAACACUCUGAAUUGGACCUCUUGCUAGCCGGCACAGAUAGUGCAAUACUGAUGAUAGAGGGAUAUAGCAAUUUUAUUCCAGAAGAAAAGUUACUCAGGGCUGUCGAAGUUGGUCAGGAUGCAGUACGAGCAAUCUGUAAUGAGGUAGAAGCUUUGGUUAAGAAGUGUGGGAAGCCAAAGAUGUUGGAUGCCAUCAAGUUACCUCCUCCUGAACUUUAUGAACAUGUUGAAGAAAUUGCUGGUGAUGAGAUAGUCAAAGUUCUUCAUAUUAGAAACAAAAUACCUAGAAGAAAAGCCCUUUCAUCAUUAGAAGAAAAGGUUCUGAAUAUACUCACAGAAAAAGGGUUUGUCUCUAAUGACUCAAAACUGAGGAGUAGUUCUGAGACCAUUGUAGAGGUUCUUGAGGAUGAGGAAGAAGAUGAGGAAGUAAUUGUUGAUGGUGAAGUUGACGAAGGUGAUGUUCAUAUAAAGCUUACAUCACACAAACCAGCACUUUUAUUUUCUGAGGUAGAUGUCAAGUUGGUAUUUAAGGAAGUGACAUCCAAAUUUUGGAGGAAGCGCAUAGUAGAGGGAGGAAAGAGGAGUGAUGGGCGAACACCUGAUCAAAUACGUCCAAUCAACUCUAGAUGUGGCCUAUUACCUAGAGCACAUGGAAGUGCUCUUUUUACAAGAGGCGAAACACAGUCACUAGCCGUUGUCACUCUUGGGGAUAAACAAAUGGCACAAAGAAUAGACGGACUUGAUGGUGAUGAUGAAUUAAAGAGGUUCUAUUUACAGUAUUCAUUUCCUCCUUCAUGUGUUGGGGAAGUUGGCCGGAUUGGUGCCCCAAGCAGAAGAGAAAUUGGUCAUGGAAUGCUUGCUGAGAGAUCCCUUGAACGAAUUUUACCUUCUGAAAAUGAUUUCCCUUACACUAUACGUGUUGAGAGUACUAUCACAGAAAGCAAUGGCUCUUCAAGCAUGGCUUCUGUUUGUGGAGGUAUCUUAGCAUUGCAAGAUGCUGGGGUUCCUAUUAAGUGUUCCAUUGCUGGAAUUGCAAUGGGUAUGGUACUGGACACCAAGGAAUUUGGUGGAGAUGGAACUCCGCUUAUUCUGUCUGACAUAGUUGGAUCUGAAGAUGCAUCUGGAGAUAUGGAUUUCAAGGUUGCUGGAAAUGAAGAUGGCAUAACAGCAUUUCAAAUGGACAUUAAGGUGGGUGGAAUCACUUUACCCAUAAUGAGAAAGGCACUCCAACAAGCAAGAGAUGGCAGGAAGCAUAUACUUGAAGCAAUGACGAAUUGCUCACCUCCUCCGGCAAAUAGGCUUUCCAAAUAUGCUCCUCUGAUACACAUUAUGAAGGUAAAACCGGAUAGAGUAAAUCUUAUAAUUGGUUCUGGUGGGAAAAAAAUCAAGAGCAUUAUUGAGGAAUCUGGAGUAGAAGCUAUUGAUGCGGACGAUAAUGGCACUGUGAAAAUAUUUGCAAAAGAUUUGCCUAGUUUAGAGAGGUCUAAAGCUAUUAUAAGUAGUUUGGCGAUGGUUCCAACUAUUGGUGAUAUAUAUAGGAACUGUGAAAUCAAAUCAAUAGCUUCAUAUGGAGUUUUUGUAGAGAUAGCACCUGGACGAGAGGGACUUUGUCAUAUCAGUGAACUGAGUUCAGGUUGGCUACCAAAGGCAGAGGAUGUGUUCAAGGUGGGGGAUCGCAUUGAUGUAAAGCUUAUAGAGAUCAAUGAAAAGGGCCAGCUGCGCCUGAGUCACCGAGCACUGCUUCCUGAUACAAAUCCAGAUAACUCAAAUGUUAAACAGUCUACUGGUGAACUAGCUGACGACACAGAAACUUCAUCAAAAUCACCUGAAAAGUCUAAGGACAACUCUAGCACUCCCAAAAUCACAUCCUCUUCUAAAAGGAGUUCAGAGGAUGAUUCAGUACUUCCAUCUAAAAAGUUUGUCAGGAGAUUGGUCAACUCUUCCCAGGAUAAGCCUUUGACUAACAAAGAGAAAACAAAGAAGAGUAGCAACAAAGCAGCUGGUAGUGUGUCUGUCAAUGAUGAAAGCACUUUGGUUAGUGGAGAGGCGUAAAACUGAGCAAAUAUAUUUUCAAGUAAAGCAGAGACAAGUGAUGCUUGCUAGGAAAAAAAAUGGUUUCAUACGCACAAGAUGGCUGAAACUGCAAGCUCUUUAAAACUAACAGGUGAAUGUGAACUUUUUGGAACAAGCUGGUGCCUAAACUUGGAAAUGAUGUGACUUGCUUCUUUCUAAGGCAGAUAAUCUUGCUUAAGCUGGGAAGGUGAAAAGGAGUACUCUGUAUGGUCUGUACAUCUCACAAAUACAUCAUGGCAAUUUUUGUGUUUUAUCCCCCGAUGACACCUCUAUCUAUAACCUGUUCUGUAGUUUGUUUUUUUUUCAAUUAUUUUAUGUGAUGACUCCCUCUUGUGAGCUCCUAUUCUGGAGGUAUCAAAUGUAAAUCUUAGUUCAUCAUUACAAGGGAGAGGGGCGAAUCUUUACACUGCAUUGUAUUUAUAUUGUAUUCUUUUACGUUAACAAUUAAAAUUAUGAUAUUUUCGAUAA